GGAGGUACUGCCGAGAGAGUCUCGCUCCGCAGAGCAGCCCGCGGCGGAGCGGGGUCGCCCGGGAGCCGGUCCCUCUGCUGUUCGCUCCCCCUCCAGCUCCACUUGGCACCCGGGAAGAAGAGCGCCUGCUUUCCCCGCAGAAGCGCUUCCCCUGCUGGCGCCCGCCAGGCUCCUCUGGGAAGGAACCACACGCGCCCAGCCAGCCAGCCAGGGAUCCUGCAGGCGCGACGCGGCGGCUCGCCGCCCCACCGCCGGCUAUGCUGACCAAUAUGCAGUAGGAAUCGAGGAGGCAUCGCUUCCCGCUCCGAAUCGGGACCGGCGCGCGAGAGAAGCGGAGGGAGCCGGCGCCCGCGAUGCAGCUCUUCGGGGGCUUCCUGGUGGCUCUCGCCCUGCGGGUGGUGGGCGCGCAGGUGAGCUCCGCAGAAGCCCCUCUGUCCUGGCCCCUGGCAGGUGAGGCUGGGGUGGGGCCGCCCCAGAGGAGCUGGCAGAGAGGUGUCAGAGUGGGUUUGGGGCGGCAGCAGAUUACUGUUCGUGCCGUCCCGUGAUCUAAAAUGCGAGGAACCGGGUUGCAACGCCCUCUGUUCCGGAAGCCUUGUCCCGAUCCCAGGUACGUGGAAUACGACUGGUUGUUCAGUGGCUGAACUCGGCGCGCCCCACGAGGCGCAGAGCUUGAGCGCCGGGGAAAAAAGACGUGAACCCACGAGUUUACACUCUUGAAAUUUACACUUCACGGUGUUUAGGGCUUUAUUUUAAAACUGGAAGUACUCUACGGAGGAAAGAUCUCUUGCGAUCUGGAAGUUUUUUAAAUCUCCAACUCUCAGGUGUGUUAUAAUUAUUUAGUAGUGUGGGGAAAGAGGGCACUCUGUACAUGCUCAUAGGCACUGCUACCGUCUCCUGGAGUCCCAGGAAGCACCUUGGCACUGAGGUGGGGGGGGGAAGAGUUUACAAGGCUCAGAGGAAUCCUUGAUCUGGUGGGGCAGAAUGCAUAGCCCAGAUUCAGGAAUGAUUGGUUGACCUGGUAAAUUGCCUAAGUGUGUGGCUUCAGUUAGGGGAAAAUGCUACCGGUAUGUGUUGUUUUUUAGUUUUGUUUUAAAAAAACUUUUUAAUUAUCCUGUUCUUGCAGCCAAGAUACUCUUUCUCAUCCUUUCCUACCCUUUUUUUGUGUGUGAAACUGAAGGUGUUUUCAGUCAGCCUGUUUAUUGAGCAUUUGUCUUGAUUUGUUUGCAGGGAGACUAGAUUACGUUGGCUAUUUAAUGAACAUUACUUCUGAUUUGUUUGUGGGGAGGUUAGAUUAUUGCACACUUUAUAGUUCAUUUCCCCAAUCAUUUGGGGAAGUGGAUUUCUUGUGCAAGGCUCCCAAUCAACUAUUAAUUGCACAACCCGAAUUUGCUGGUAUGCGUUUGAAUCCCACCUGAAAACAGCAACAAUCCCCCAGAUUCUCCUUCCUCAAAGUGUCCCCAGAGUCCUGUCAGUGAGUGGAUGAGUCUAGAACCAGAUUAGCACAGAGCAUUAAAGUGUGCAUGUCUUGUGAAGCAUUGUCAAAGCCAUUUCUGAGGAUCUGCAUGUCCUUGCAAGGAUACUGCAUCCACCACGGUAUAUUGCUUAUCUCUCCUCUGUCAAGUUGCUACACCCAGAUAGACAUUUCAGAAGACUGGCACCAAGCCGUGCAGAUACGCUCAUGGAAGUCAAGGGCACCCAGGCUGAAAGCACCUUAAGGGCUUUCUGAAGUUCUUAACUGGAAUGGAAUGCAGGUUGAGUAGGCUUCCUACUUGCCUCCUGGACCACUGUUUUGCCCCAGUGCCAAGCAGUCCCUAUAUUCUGGCACAAACAAGCAGAAAAGCCCCUUGAUUAAGAUGGAUUGCUAUCAAGAGCAGAAGACCUGGAAAGAAUCUGCCCACUUCCCCCAGCAUGCUGACCUUGAGCAUGCCCAGGUGGGCACUAGACUCUGGGAGGAGCAAACGUCAAUAAUUUCUGACCCAAGACUCUUCUUUAGUGCAAACCAUUGGACUAGAUGAGCCUUGAGGUCCCUUCCAAGUCUACGAUUCUACGAUUCCAUUUAUCUGGCCACCUCAAAUAUUUACUUGCCUCACCCUUUCGAGUAAAAACGUUAAAUUUUCUGGAGAGGGAAGUUGUGCACUGCUAGACUGAUAUCUACUGGCCUGAAAUAGAAUUGCGGUUUCUGGGUGAUAUCCAGUGGUAGCCAAACUCAGAGUAGACCCACUGAACAAGGAGAGCACUUCUGUAACUCAGUAACCCAAGGGGCUUGCAAGAGACAUGAUAUCAUCAGUAGAUUAAUCAUAACAGAUUGGAAAAGGACUUCAUUUUGAAAUGAGAGGAGCUGACUAAUGCUUGGCUUGAAGUCACAGUCUCUCACUUGCAGCUUCUCUCUCUAAUCUCAUAUACAUGCAAGUUGAUUGGUGUAGGAAAAGCACUUUGUGCAUGCUUAGAGGCAUAUUGUUAUUGGGUUGGAUCCAGGCAAAGUUAGUUGAACAAGUUAUUCAUGAAAUAAUUCAAGACCCAUCCAUUUCACUGGCCAACCUAGCAGAAAUAGUUCUUUACUAAAAUUUCUACACUACCUCUGUAAAGAAAUUCUCAGGAUAAAAAGAAAAUAUAAAGAAUGGUUAAAAUACAGGCAAAUCAAAUCAGCUUAAAAAAAUACAAGGAUGAAAAAACAGCAAUAUAUUUAUUCCCUUCUUGAUUAUUUUACAUCUUCCAUGUCUGGGUCUGAUUUUACAAUACAUUGGUGAGGGAGGCAAAGUAAAAACUGUGCAGCUGAUUUUAACACUGAAGCAAUAAUAUAUUUGUAUUGUGAACCAUCUUCAUAGCCAUGAUAGGAAGAAAGGUGUUAUUUAAAUCAAGUAAUUUGCUGAAUAAAUGUUUUGGGCUCUGGUAUACCCUGGAUUCAAGCAUAUAGAACUGAUCCCAGCUGAUAAGCGAUUGGGAGCUUCUGAGUUGAACCCGUCACAGUGGCGGGGGCUUCUUCUUCCCAUCACUCUGUUGCCCCUGCUGUGUCAAACUCUGGAUUGUAAAUUCCUCAGGGCAGGGACCUGACUUCCUGUUACUUUGUAAUACCCAGUGCUGUAGAAAUCAUAAUAAAUAUAACAGGUGACACAUACAUUAACCAAGGCUACCAUGCACUGCUUGCUUAUCAAUAUGUACAGGAUUGCACAGUUACCAAAGGAGGAAGGAAGGAAUUUUCUGUACUCUUGAGCCCUGGACUGCAGCAUGGGGACAAUGUGCCUUUUGACCAAAAACCUCCCUUGCAACAUCUUAAUCAAUUGAUCUUAUUUUAGAAAAUAAAAUGCGGCCUUUAAACAAGUUUCAGCACAUGAGAAUCAUCCCACUGUCUUCUGUGCUUUACAGAAAGGAUCCACACUGAAUUGCUAGAGAUUUCAUUGCAGGGUGUUGGGAAUGCCUGGGAAAAAUUACUUUCCCCUCCCCUUUCUCUCCCUAGAGGCAAGAUGUGCUUCUUCAGAACAGCACCACUGAAGCGGCAGGUGAGUGUGAAACUUGUCCCUCUUUUAUGAAGUCGAAAGGGCCUCCAGGAAGACACAUGUGAAUGGAAGAGACUUCAAGGCUCUAUUAUGUCAUUGUCUUUGUUCUGGCAAACCAGGCAGUUGUUCAUUGGUUCAGAGAUGAAACGAAUUUUCUGCAUGCUGUCAGUGAGACUUCAAAUAGCCAAAUUAGCCAUGAUAUUAAAUGUGCCUUUGUAUUUAAUGUGCAGAUUUAUUUUUUUAAAAAAAAUGCAAAUAGAAGCUGCUGGGGGAUGGGGGAGAGCUGCUAAUUAUUGAGAUCACAGCAGGUGGGCUGGGUGGGAGAUUAACCCUUUCCUCUGCUUAGGAAACUCCACCCUCUGAAGCUGGCAUUUGCACUGGCAGGAAAUCCUCUGUUGGGCUCAGUGCAAGAUUUCCGCCCAAUGCGACUACAACUUUCAGAGGAGAAAAAGAGAUUUUCCUCAGGACUGCAAUAGGAGAUGAAAGGGUUAAAUCCCCUCCAUCAUGAUAAUUUUUAGCAUUUUUUAAGCCUAUGCAUUAAAAGCAAAGACACAUUUAAUGGCACAUCUAAUUUGGCCUAUAAUGGAGCCUAAGCAUAUGCAAAUUGAAUAAUCACACAUUCUUUCCCUGAUUCCCCCUGUCUUCCCUUCCUCUAUCUUUUCACUUGUGUCAAAUUUUAGAUUGUGAGCCCCUUGGGGCAGGGACCUUGACCUUUUGUGCUCCUCGUGCAUACCGCUGAGGCUAUAUAAGUAAAUACAGUAGUAUUAGUAGCAUCAGCAGCGGUGGUGGUGGUGGUGGUAAUCUAACACUCUCCCCACCUCUUUGAGCACAGAGAAAUUCCAGAGGUGUAGUGCUUGCCUAGGUUUGGUUUUCAUUGGAAGGUAGUCACUGGAGGCUUAUGGUGCUUUGCAACGUAGGAGUUUAUUUUCAGAUAUACAGUUUGAGCCUAGGUGAAGGCACACAGCACGAAAACAUCUACUCUCACUGCUCUGUCCCCAGUCAGAUCUGAGCAGCUUGUAGAGCCGAGAUUUCAGCUGUCUCCCUCUUUGUCUCUGUCUCACUCAAAUAUUGCAGUCAGACAGAGGCAACUAGCUCCCCCUGCCCUUUGUCUGGACAGGGAUGGUGGCGGCAGCAAGUAUUAUUCAACCAUCUCCUCACCUUCCUGAGCCAUUUACUUACAGUUUUCCUAACAGAAGAUGUGCCUUGCAACUUUUCCACACGCCAUUAAAGAACAUGUGGAGACUUUUUGGGUUGCAUUUACCCUCUCCCAAUCUUACAACAGUUUCACACAGUUUUCAACAUCUGUGAUACAUUGUGAAGGAGAUGGGUAAGAUUGCGGUUCUGGAUUUAUGUCCUUUCCCCAUGUGACCAUAUUAUAGUUGAAAUUAAAGGCCUGUGAUGUUCUGACUUCCUUCUGAUCUAAAGCCAAGCAUUUCCAGUCUCGCUUAUUGAAAGAAAGGAUGGGAGGCUGGAAGCUUCCGCCAAGCGCAUGAAAUGGUGUUAUAAUCAGCACUUACUUAAGUCGGAGACUCUGCUGGAUAAAUCAGACUUCCCUGUGACUUCCAGACACACCAUUUUCCUGGCAAGGAGAUGUCAAAGUUCUGGCUGAGAAACUGAGAUGUUUUCUGCAAAACCGCUGAAUCUAGAAGUUUCUGCCAGUGGGAUUAAUAACACUCUUAGGAAAAAUGCUUUUCGAAAGCCUUGCACCGGCCUUUAAGUUACAGAUGGUUUGGUCAACAUGGGAUGUCCUUGCCCUGCAGUCUGCCUUACUCUGGAAAUGGUGGUAAAGGAGCAGUUAGGAGUUGUUAGGAGACCCCGUUCCCCUCACACAGCUACAAUUCCCAGAGUAGCUUAACCGGCAAACCCUCUUCCCAGGGGACUCUGGGAAUUGUCGGCCUUUGAGGGGAAUGGGGCUCUCCUCCUAACAACCUUCUUAACAAGCCACAGUUCCCAGGAUUCUUUGGGGGAAGCUGUAGCUAUUUAAAGCAGCACAAUACUGUUUUUAAUGGUUAGUGCAGAUGUUGUGGACUAUGUUGCCUAUCAGCCCCAGAUAGCACAGCCAAUGGCGACUGGGGUUGAUGGGAGUUGUAGUCCAAAACAACUGGGGAGAACCAGGUUGGCAAAGGCAGAUGAAUCUGAUACAAGGCACCUUCCUACAUCCUUGCUGCCCAUCAGUUACCUGAAGCAGCCGUGUCUCCCGUUGUCCAUGCUCUGAACCUGUUGCCCCAAAUCUUUUGUAUCUUCUUCAGUUGUCUCCUUUCAUGACGUUUGGAACCGCAGCUCCUGCCAGCCCUUGGAGAAGCUCGUUGAUGUGGUAUCCGAGUACCCCAGUGAAGUAGAGCAUGUGUUCAGCCCUUCCUGCGUCUUCUUGCAGCGCUGCAGCGGGUGCUGCGGAGACGAGAGGCUCCAGUGCGUCCCGACGGAGGUAGCCAACGUCACCAUGCAGGUGAAGAGGUUGGGCUUUGUGGUGCUUGGUUCCCAGCUGUCUCUCCAUGCAAUUGUUAGGAAUAUAGAAAGCGGCCUUAUACCAAGUCAGGCCAUUGGCCCAUCUACCUCAUUAUUGUCUACACCAGGGGUUGUCAACCUGGUCCCUACCGCCCACUAGUGGACGUUUCAGGAUUCUGAGUGGGCGGUAGGGGGUUCUACGGCACAAGCUGAAUCCUCCUUCCAUCGAGCACUGGUGGGCGGUAAUGCAAGAAAGAUGCGUUAGUGGGUGGUAGGUAUAAAAAGGUUGACUACCCUGGUCUAUACCAAUGUUUCCCAAACUUGGGUCUCCACCUGUUUUUGGACUGCAACUCCCAUCAUCCCUAGCUAGCAGGACCAGUGGUCAACGAUGGUAGGAAUUGUAGCCCCAAAACAGCUAGAUACCCAAGUUUGAGAAACACUGGUCUACUUUGACUGGCAGCAGCUCCCCAGGAUUUCAGACAGGGCGCUGUCCCAUUUCUACCUGGACAUGCUGGGGAUUGAACCUGGGACCUUCUGCAUUAAAAGCUGGUGCUUUUACCCCUGAGCUACAGCCCUUCCCCGUAGUGGUCAGCACUUCUUUGCUUCACAUCUUCUGUGAACAGCUGGGAAACUGAAGCUCAAUGGAUUCCUGUGAUUCCUAGCAACUGGUAUUCGGAGACACGAUGCUUCUGACAGUGAAGGUAGAACAUAGCCAUCAUAGUUGGUAGUCAUCAAUAGCCCCUCUCCUCCAUGGAUUUGUCCAAUUCUCUUUUAAAACCAUCCAAGAUGGCGGCCCAUCACUGCUUCCUGUGGCAGCGAGUUCCGUAGUUUAACUAUAUGCUGUGUGAAGAAGUACUUUCUUUGGUCUGCCCUGAAUCUUCCAACAUUUCUCUUUGUUGGGUGUCCACAUCUUCCAGUGGACAUCCUUUCUCUAUGCACAUUCUCCAUGCUAGGCAUAAUUAUAUAAAUUUCUGUCAUUCUGCCUCUUACUUGCCCAUUCUCUUAAGUCCCAAAUGCUCUGAGAGUUACAUAGAUUUCACCCUUACAGCUCCUGAAGGUGAAUUCAGAAGAACAAGCGCCCUAUGUGGAGCUGUCCUUUGUGGAGCAUAGGAAAUGUGUAUGCAGGUAUGUGUCUUCAUGAUGGCAUUUUUCUGUUUUAAAAAAUUACAUUUAUAUACCACCUUUUCUUUUAAGGAGCUCAAAGUGGUGUACAUGGUUCUCCUCCUCCCCAUUUCACCUUCACAACAGCCCUGUGAGGUAGGUUAGGCUAAGAGAUGGUGACUGGCCCAAGGUCACCCCAUGAGCUUCUUGGCUGAGCGGGGAUUUGAACCCUGAUCUCCCAGGUCCUGGUCCAAUACUCUAACCAUUACGCCACACUGGCUGUCCUGGGUAUCCAGUACCUCACAGGAGUCAAGUAAUCCCUGGAAGGAGAGGGAACGAUGUGGGGUAGGGAGACCCCUUAUUGAAAUCCACAAGCCCCUCUAUUUGACUCCCUCUAAUUUUAGCCUUCAAAAAACAGCAGCCAAGGGAGCCAGCAGAAAUAUUUUUAAAAAGGUGAGGGGGCUUGGACUGGUGGUGCCUUAGGCAGCCUGUUAAUGUAACCUGAGCCUAACUGGGGCAGGUGUUCUCAGUUCUUGUCAUGGUGAGCCACAAUGGGAUGUAUUUGGGCCGGUGGGGGGAGUGCAAGGGAACUGUAUUAUUUGCAGUUAAGUGCACUACACCUCCUCCCAGCCUCAAAAUGAAGAAGCAGGACAGUCGCUUUCAGCAUGUUCCUUGACACCUCAGGCUUGGAGCGUUCCUUCUGCACAUUUAGAUCAAAUUCCAGCUUUCCCCCAGGGGUUAGAUUGUUGACACCCAGCCCUCCUCAGCAGGAAGCAGUUGUUCUUCCACCAUUUGCUCUGCUCCAGGAACUCCACGCACAAUUCUCACUCUGAUUGACUACAAUUUUUUUGGAUUUGUUGGCUACAUAAAGGCAAGGCUUACUGGAGUAAUUGAAUCUCCUCAAGUCUGCUGUGCCUUAAGCUGACCAGACUAAAGGCAUGGCUGUCCUAGCCAGCACACAAUUGGGGGGGGGGGAUCCUGACAAUCCGUAUGCUAUCUGUGUUAAAAAGCAUAGUAAUGAAAUGUUGUUCCCAACAAUUCACAGUCUGUGUCAGAAAAAGCUGGAUCCUGUGGUCAGUGCCAUUGUGUAUCAUUGCUCAUACUUUUUUUUCACAAUUCUGCAGUGUUCGCAUUUUGCACAAUUUAAUUAUGGUUUUCCUUGUCACUGGGAGGAGCAGGAACAGUCGAGGUCACCCCCAAUCAUGAAGAAUUCAGCAGACGUUGGUCAUAUUCUUUCAACCAUAUCUUCACAGUCAUAAGGACUAGAAACUUAAAAAAAAAAUACAGAAAGGAAGCUAAAAUUCUUAUGAAGCCAAGUUCAACAUUCAGUGUCAUAUUCUACAUGCUUUCUAGACACCAGUGAAAUUGCAGCAGAUACACAGCCCUGGGGGUGCCCUACACGCCUGAUGCUUAAUGAGCCAGCAAGCCAACCAAGUGACAAAAUGUGACAGAAGUAGCAGCUGUUCCAACUCAGCUGUCCAUUUGGGGCCUUUACCAAAAGGAACAAAGAAACAGCCCCUGUUGCUUGCAGCAUGAACACACACAGCAUCAUACAACCCUUCACUUCCAGCUAGCGUCCUUGCUCUCAUAAGCAGAGACAAAACAAAAACUACCUUUCAAAGAUAAUUAUUCCUUAACUUAAUCAGUGUAUUGCCUCUGAAUACACUGGCCUCUGAAAUGCCCAAAAUAGGUGGUCUCAGACUGGCAAUGUGGGGGAGGGGCUGAUGUGCAGUGAUGCUGAGAGCAUUCCUAACUCCUCUUAGCCUCGGCUAAUCCCGUUGGUGUACAACAUGUGCUGUAAGGGAGGGUGCAUUUUUGCCUGCAAUGCCUGCUUCCUGAAGGGAUCUCUGUAGAGAGACUAAAAGCCACUUGAUGCUCUCCUUUAUUUCUACCUACCAUUCUCCCCCACAACAUCCAAUAACAUAUUUGAAAUUCUGUCCCAACAGACCUUUUCAGUGGUUGCAACUGAAUAAUGUUGCUUAUGAGACUGUUAACGGAAUCUCACCUGCGUUUGGUGGUCUAAGAAGGGAGACUGGGCCUUGUGUGUGCAAAAGCCUAGGGCCUGGUUCAGUGAUAGACAGUGGGGUGUGUUUGUGUGUGAGGUGGGGUUGGGAUCUUUGGCCACUAUGAACCAUGCCAGGUAGCAGAACAUGAGUCUAGAAGCUCUGAAUGACUCUGUUCCUUAUAAAGAGGAAAUCAUCACAAUUAGGGGGCAAGCCCAUCUGUGUGUUUUUUUGCUAUUCCCAUUACAUUGGAUCUCUUAAUAUCUAUGAAUGUUGCAGCACCAUACUCUGAACGUGACAGUCUAACUCUCUUCUCCCUAGGCCUCGGCGAGAUGCUGUGAAGUCAGGGAGGUAAGUAGAAUUAGCAAGGUUUCUGGACAUUGGUUACUCUCCAUAGUGGAGAGGGGUUGGGGCGACCCAGUCAGAUGGGCGGGGUAUAAAAAAUAAAGUUAUUAUUAUUGGUGUCUGUGGCGUUUGCCCCCUAGGAUGUGUCAAUGAAAGGGUUAAAAUGGGUGUGAUGUGAUUGGUCAGUGAGAAUGCAAGGGGGGAGUAAAAGAUAGAGUGAGAGGUUUUGAAAAGACAGUUGAGGUCUGGGAGUUGGGAGUUGAGGGUUGUCAGUUGGGAGUUGAGGCUUGGGUGUUGGAGAAGGAAGAGGGUGGAAUAGGCAGUGGGUUGGUCGAGUUGUAUUGUGAGAGAGUGAGAGGAAUUGUUAGGAAGUUAGAUAGAUAGUUGAGAAUAAUUCAGUUUGAAGUUGUAGGAACUAAGAUUUAAGAAACUGACAAGAGAAAAAUAAACUGAAACCAUACGCUUAUUCCUGCACUUAAAAAUAAACUUGAUUAUUUGUUUAUGUUAACAACUGUCUGGACUCUGUGUGUCCCCGUGAGAAGCGGGGUGGUGGCAGCAAAAAAAACAACCGAGUGGUGGCACAGGGUCAAUAGACCGUCAAACGUCCAGGGGCCCUGUGUGAUCGCCACAGUGUCUCAUUCCCCACCUUCUCUUCUGUUUCCUUCCUUCUUCCCUCCUGAAGGAGGAGGAGACCCAAGGGACGCAGCAAGAGGAAGAGGGCAAAGCAGAGACCCAAAGAUUGAUCCUCUAGGUGAGUGUCAAUACCAGGCAAUGAGGGGGAAGAAUAAUUCUUCAAGUUAUGGUUUAGCUGUAGAUGUUUUCUCCCAGAAGUGCCUGCUUUUACUGGCAUGGAUAACGCGAAGUUAGAUUAGUAAACACAAUUAAAACAUUAAAAUAAUAAAUAGACACCAUCAAUAAACUAAAAACAUACCAGUAUUCUAAAUAUCUGUACAGAUAUAUAUAUAUAUAGAGAGAGAGAGAGAGUUUUCACUGCAUGUUUGCCAGUGUAAUAAUCUUUUCCCUGGCUGUGGGUUGUUUUGGUGAUGGCACCCUCAGGUUCUAGGGCCACAGAAGAGCGACCUAUAUUGUUCCUACUAUCAUAAAUGUUUCUGAGGUGCAUUUUUCAUUUUAUAUACCAUCUUUUCCUUCAAGGAGCUGCACAUGGUUCUCCAGCUCCUCAUUUCAUCUUCACAACAACCCUGUGAGGCAGGUUAGGCUGAGAGACAGUGACUGGCCCAAGGUCCCCCAGUGAGCUUCAGUGCUCAGUGGGAAUUCAGUCUUCCAGGUCAUAGUCCCAACACUCUUCACCCUUAACACCACACUGACUCUUUUUUUCUUUACCGGCAAACCGAUUGACGGAGCUAUUUCACUCAUUGUUGGAAGCAGACUUUGGAUGUGUGAGCAUACUGUUGGAACCAAACACUAAUCUGGGUGAUUUCACAUGACAAGUUAUUAGAACUUGAAGCUGCACAUGCACACAGGUUUUGCACAGUGUCCACACAAUGUUGUCCUCUUCAAAAUUCUGUCCUGUAUUAUUUUCCCAUUUCAUAUGGAUUUACAGUUUCUGCAGAAAAUCUGAUAAAAAAUAUAUAUUGCAGAAUGCAUAAAUCCAGAUUAAAAGGGGAUGGGUGGGACGGCAUUUUUAAGGGUGGACACUGCAAAAACCUUAUAUGCAUGAGCAGCACUGAGUCUGUGGUAAACCGCCAUCUUGAAACACCCCAUAACCCAAAAUGAAAAGUCCCUGAUCUAGCUAAAGAUAAAUUGCACUUAAAUCCCAUUGAAAUCAACAAAGUUUAAUUUGCACCCUUGAUUUCAAUAGGACUUGAGUAGCCUCCAACCCACCACCUUCAACCAAAUCUGCAGCAAUGAGGGCGGUUGAGGAUGCAUUUCUAUGGGCUUUGCAGUGAUAGGCCCCUCAAGAUUCCCCUGACCCAAAGAUUUUCCUCCUUGCCAACCUCACCAAUUGGUCAGGGGAGAAGAAAAAUUUUAAUUCGUGACUAAAACUUUCGCUGACAGAUUACAUUCAAUCAUCCAUUAAAGGUUGCACCCCUAAUUAAAAUGCAUUUAACUUGCUGUGUUUCUUCUUAAAGCUCACCAUAAAAACCUUCCCAUUUAAGGACUUGAGAUCAAAAAUAGCAAAUACCAAGGCCUUGAAUAGCUGGUUUGCCUUUUGUUAUCCAGAAAGUAAACUUUAACCUUUCAGGAGGAAAAAGUGAAACUAUUGUUUAUUUGAGCAGAUUGGAGCCCUUAUCUCCAGGGAAAGGGAGGAUUUAAGGAGAUAAGUGGGGCAAGUUUUCCAUUGUGCCUUGUAGAUGAGAGCACAGUGUUUCUGUGGAUUGUAGCUGAGGGUGCAACUUUGCCUUUUUCAGCUUUGAAACUCCUGUUUCUAAAAAUCUGUAUCCUUUUAGACUCCUCCCAUCUUUCUUGCCUAAAAAGAAAAAGAAAUGCUUUACAGAAAACUAAUGCCUAAUAAAAACAGCACUUAACCGUUAAAUGCCUUAGGGUUUCUCUAACUAAGCCAUUCUCAAGAGUACACCCAUUGAAAUCAGUGGACUAAAAUUAGUCACAUCCAUUGGUUUUAGUAAGUUUACUCUUAAUUUGACUUAGCUGGAUACAACCCUUAGUCUGGAUGGAGAAACUAAGGUAUAUUUGGUGGCAAUAUUUUUGUUUGCUUAAGUGCAGGUUUAAGGCAUAAGGGCCAGGAACCUAAGAUCAACUUUAGAUGUGCUCUGGGCAGUGGGGUAGGGAAGAGGGAAAUUAGAUGCUGAGAACUGAAACCAGACAGAGAAAUAAAUAACCCUGUGCUGUGGAAAGGGAAGUGAGAUAAUUCCUUAUAUUACUGGGGAAGGAUUUGCAGUGAUAACAUUUAUGCAUAUUUACUCAUAAGUAAGAGACAUGGGUGGUGCUGUGGGUUAAACCACAGAGCCUAGGAGUUGCUGAUUAGGUCGGCAGUUCGAAUCCCUGCAAUGGGGUGAGCUCCCGUUGCUCGGUCCCUGCUCCUGCCAACCUAGCAGUUCAAAAGCAGGUCAAAGUGCAAGUAGAUAAAUAGGUACCACUCCAGCAGGAAGGUAAACGGCAUUUCCAUGUGCUGCCCUGGUUCACCAGAAGCGGCUUAGUCAUGCUGGCCACAUGACCCGGAAGCUGUACGCUGGUUCCCUCGGCCAAUAAAGCGAGAUGAGCGCUGCAACCCCAGAGUCGGUCACGACUGGACCUAAUGGUCAGGGGUCCCUUUACCUUUACCUUUAUGCCUCACCUUCCUUCCCAACUGGAUUGUGGUAAGAAUUCACUUCUGCACCACCUUAUUUGUUACACAGGUGAAGGUCGCAUCUACACUAUGCCUUUAAAGCACAUAUAAAGGUUAUGGCUCACCCCUAUAUAUAUAUAUAUAAAUGGUAGUUUUUAAGGGUUCUAGGAAUUGUAACUCUGUGGGGUAUAACCUACAGCUCCCAGGAUUUGGGGUGGUAGGAGACCCAGGACUGUUAAAGCAGUAUAAAUGUGCUUUAACUGUUUAGUGUGGAUGCAACCUAGGCUUCUGCCAUGUGAGUUUACUUAGCUUUGUUUUUUAUCUGCUCCUAUUUUCUGUAUUGGGAUGCGGGUGGCGCUGUGGGUAAAACCUCAGCGCCUAGGACUUGCCGAUCACAUGGUCGGCGGUUCGAAUCCCCGCGGCGGGGUGCGCUCCCGUCGUUAGGUCCCAACGCCUGCCAACCUAGCAGUUCGAAAGCACCUCCGGGUGCAAGUAGAUAAAUAGGGACCACUUACCAGCAGGAAGGUAAACGGCGUUCCGUGUGCUGCGCUGGCUCGCCAGAUGCAGCUUGUCACGCUGGCCACGUGACCCAGAAGUGUCUGCGGACAGCGCUGGCUCCCGGCCUAUAGAGUGAGAUGAGCGCACAACCCUAGAGUCUGGCAAGACUGGCCUGUACGGGCAGGGGUACCUUUACCUUUUUAUUUUCUGUAUUGUCCUAAACUGUUUUAAUUGCAGUUUGUACAUCGCCUUGAGGUGUGUGAGGAAGGAGAUUAAUUCAUUAAUAAUUGCUAUUAAUUAUCUGCAUCGUUCUGAACUGUUUUUAAAAUAAAGCAUGGGAGUUUGUGUUAGAAGUUUUAAAAUCUCAUUGCACGUGACCCUUAUGCCUUAAUCCUGCACAUUUUUUCAAAAAUAAAAUCUCUUUUCUCUGACAUGCAUGCUCUCACACACAGAGAUUUUCCAAAGAUCUCCAUUUCCAGAGAAGGUUGUCAUGUGGGGCUGUUACUCAAGAAACACAAGCUGAAAGCCCCCGAGCAGCCAAGACCAGGACAACUAAAACAGUUGGCAUUCUCUUUGUGGCAUCUAGUCAGAUUUUUAAGAGGUUCCUCAGGAGACAUGCUUAAUCCCACGUAAUGUGUGGCCUGUUCUGGGAACUUGGAAGCUGGAUUCUAGUGAGAAAUGUGAUUAUUACAUGAAAGAACUUGGGUGUGGGCUUAGCCACCCGGGAGGCUGUUGGUGUUGCCAAGCCCAAUGUGAUCAUCGUCUUCAGUGGGGAUAUUAUAACCAUCAAAACAGAGAGUGGUUUAAAGAACACGCAGUUUUCCUUCUAAGAGUUUGAUAAGACCACAGCAGAUGGCAGAGUGUAUUGUGACAUUAGACAAUGACUCAUAUAGGCCCCAUCAAAGUGGCUUUCAACCUAUGUGCAGAUCUCUUUGGGACACAGACAUCACAGGCCAGAAUGCACCCUCAGGCCAUACCUGGACUGUACAUUUAAAACACUUUAAACAGCCCUGGUUUUCCCCAAAGAAUCCUGGGAGUUGUAGUUAAGGGUGCUAAGAGCUGUUAGGCGGCUCCUUUUCCCCUCACAGACCUACAAUUCUCAGAGUUGCCUGGGAAGAGGGAUUGAUUGUUAAUCCUUGAACUCCUGGAAGGAAAAGCAAGAUAUAGAUAUACAACAAGGAACAAAUAUGUCAGAGUCACAAGUCUCAGCAAAACACAUUUUGCCAGCCUCGAUAAAAUAUUAUGUCAAAAGUACAGUAAAUAGGAAUAUUAUCUUGCAGCAGUUACAAGGUGUUUGAUUAUUUCAUGGUUGUAUUUGCAGAUUCAUUUUUCAUUUCUUAUUUUUGUUUUAUAGUUGCUGUUUAUUACUAAAUAACAGCCCAGUGAUGACAACAGAUCAGUAGGGGUUACAUGGGGGACAUGGCAAUUCAGAGGAGUUACUUGCAAGCCAAACACACCAAGCCCAGUCAGUUGUGUUUUACUUUGUAAAGGCAGCACACUUGGGGAGUGAAUGAAAUACUGUGGCUACAAGGACGGUACUUAAGCAAACAUACCCCAGUGUUCUGCACCAUUCAUGAGCUCUUGUGCUCAUGUUAUCCCUGGUUUCCCACAGGCAUCUGGUUGCCCACUGUGAGAACAAUAUGCUGGUCUAGUUGGGUCAUUGGCCUAAUCCAGCAGGUCAUUCAUAUGUAUUCAGCUUCUCCUGCUUUAUCUGCUGCUCUGGGAGGGGUCCCUCCUGAGUCCCAGAUGGGAGUGGUCAACAGUUCUUCCUCUGAUUGCUUAGCAACAGUGAUCAAUUGAUCAAGCACCUUUAGCAACGGUAGCACCUGCCAAGUGCCAAAGCAUUAGAGCUGCCUCCAAGUUUUGUGCUCUAACUUUCUUCAGAAAUGUCUGAUUGACUUAUUUUUUAGAAGCUAAGAGUCUGGGAGCACUGCUUGUAUGGGAUCUGAUACAUCUGUGCCCCCUGUACAGUGCAGUUAAUAUGACCCUGAAGCAGAGGAUGAAGCAGCGGAUUGGAGCCCCACAAAGUGAUUGCUUUUCUCAAAACACUGAGCUGUUGACAAACUAACUCCAAAGCAGCCUUGCAGCCAAUCUGAAGUCUUGUGGUUAUUCAGCAGAGUGGUCACCUUGAGAGAGAAGCUAUUUAAAACCAAACAACUCAAAACUGAGCAAUUCCUCUAUUUGGUGGUCCAUGGGUAGCCUUAAGCCUUUUUCACAGCACUGUAAACUAAGCAGCUAUUGUUAGACAUGAUACGUUUUACUAUGCAAUGCUUUUUAGGUGUGGCAGCAGUAGUGGAUUUCUAAUGUUUAUGAAUUGUCAGAGAGACAGUUGAACUAAGGCCACAGUUGGAUGCAUACUUACUUGAAUAAUAUGGUUCUUUCUUCUGAAUAAACAUAGAUGGGCUGGGCUGCAAUGCAUUCAGUGAAAAGUGUGUCACAUCCUAGAAACAAAACCAAGCUGAGUAUCCAAAAGUCCUUUGUCAUACAUGUAUAAAUGUUCUUUUUAUGGGAUAUUUGGAUUUUAAGGUCGUUAAAUACAUUUGACAGCAUGGCCUUGUUAGAUUCCUAAUUUGCUGAAAAUUACUGCAUCCACUUUCCAUGCCUGUUAACACAAGACCCAGCCACCUUCUUGGUGUUCAUCCUGUCCCUUGCUCUCUUUCCAGGUGGGACUUCUGAUGAAGGUGGCUGCUUUGUUAGCAGAUGGCAGCGCCACAGUGCCUGUAUUUAUUACUCUGUCCUCUUCAACACUCCCCUACACACAAGCCCAUCGCAUUUCUGACUGAUGAAUUCUGGAGGGGCCCGUAGCAGUUCAACCACUUUCAAACCAUCCUGAGCAAACCAGGAAGAACCAAGGAAACAUCACAGCGGGAGCAGAUCAAGCCAACGUGAACAGGAGAUGCUAACUGCAUACAAGGAGGUUGACUGGGGGCCAGGUGAAGAGAAGAAGCCACACGUUUGUCUAGGUUCUUUCCCUGCCUUCAUAUAUAGCUAAUAUUUCACACUGACAUCCACAGAAUUGGAAUCAGAAUGGAAGUACAAGAAAAGAGCAGUUGGACUAACUGGCAGGUACAGUAUUAUGCAGCAUGAACUUAGAACAAACUGGCCACAAACAGAAGCAGGUGUUUCCUGUUGAAUUGUCUGGAUGCUACAGUCUGGCUGAGCAGUGAGGUGGCAAAACGAAACAAGUGGUUUGAGCAGUGUCAUCAGCCCUUGGCUAAGUCUUUUUGCUUUCCACCAAUUCCGUUGCAUUGAAAACGCUCUCUUUAUCUUGCCAAGGAUUCGUGUAUCAGAAGAAACUAUGCUUUGUCAGCCCGAUACAUCUAAAAUACCUUCUUCCUUGAUGAACUAAAGCUGGAAGAGUACUUUGUCAGGUAGCAUCUUGGAAGCUGUGGGAAGAAUAAUUGUGUUCUGAGGCAGCAGAUCCUAUUCUGAAGAAACCUCCAGCACGUUACUCACAAAGGCGAGGAGCCAAGGGAAUCAUGAGAUUGGAGAGACAGCCUAUGCAGAGCUCAAGUUGCUGUGGGUUUAGUGCGCAAAUAUCAUAUUUUACUGCAUAAGUAAUUGGUUUAUCGAAAAACUAGUGCUGGAAAAUACACAAUAGAGAGAGUAUCCCCCAAAUCUAAAGGUUCAUGUAUCUGUAAAGCGCACAUAGUCACUUUUCCCAACAAAAUUGUAGCAGAACCCUGUGCUUGGCAAAUCUGUCUUGUGCUGCUGUGUAUCAUUUGCAUCCGUAUUGUAACAUAAUUAACUACGCAGCGUUUUGUUGAUAUAGCUGGUUUUGUGGUGGUUGGAAAAGACAGCCACAAGGUAUGGGAGUGGAUGGUGCCACUCCAUCUCUAUCCUGCUACCCACCCUCUCUCUGCUAAAUUGUGUCGCAUCUAACAGCUGGCUAUGUCAUCUCAAUGCCAAUGGCACCUUUGGGAAUGGGGGCUGUUGCCGGUUUAUUAGCACUAUCGUAUCUCAUUGCACAAAGUCAGUUUGCAGUCAGUCCUAUUGGAAAGGGUUGCAAAAUGUAAGUAACUGUAGCUUGGCUGCAUAACAAUAGCCAAACUCUGAAUGAAUAAUUGUGAAGCAAUAGGAAUUCUAAAUGAGCUCUCACUGUUUGAAGAAAUAUUGGUGUCGUGUCGUUUUAGGGUGCAUAAUGUUGCCCAUCUAUAAACCAGUUACAUGCUACAGUACGGCUGAGUAUGUUACAGAUCAGUAUUGGAUUGUAAAAGUGAUGGCUAAGCAAUGAGGUGGUGCAUGACAAAUUAGUUUGAAGAACCACAUAAGAGAGUGCCUUAUUUAUCCUUUUGCAGAAGAAGUAGAAUAUGAAUUGACCACUUGUCGUUUCAAAUAUGGAUAACGAUGCAUUUUGACAUGCAGCACAUCUGGUCUCCAGAAUGCCAUGGGACGUGACAUAUAGAUGUUCAAAGUGAUCUAGACAAAACUGUGCGAAAUACCAGUAGCUGUUAAUCAGGAUAGGACAUGCACCCUCAUGCAGUGAUUGUGCAAGAAUCUGCAAUUGCUAGAGGUUCAUAGGGAAAACAAGAAAUGAAAUAUUCCCCAACGUUAUCAGCAUUUGUAAAUUCUCACAAUAUCCAAUACAGGCUUCUGCUGGAUACAGGACUAGAAGGACCAUUUAUAUGACACAAUGGAUUUGCUGUUUCUUGUAUAUGACAACCUGAUUGCAAUAUGGUCUUGAUCUUUAUCCUGUGGUAGAGCCUAUUUUUUAUGGGGUGUGGUGGGACUUAAGAUUCCUGCUUUCUGUUCAGUGCAAUGAAGCAACAUUCCAAAUGAAUUCUAAAUAUAAUACUGUUAUGGUUAAAACACAGCUCCAGAUUCUGAAAAUAUUUUUGUCAGCUCA